AAAUUUCAGAAAGUGAAAGUAAAUUGUAGACCUUUGGAUCUUUUACAAGACGAGGAAAUGGAUUCAAAAUCUGUGGAAGAGCUUUAUUGUCCUGUUUGCUAUGAAAUCUUCAAGGUUCCUGUUUUUCUGUCCUGUAGUCACAGUUUCUGUAAAGAGUGUCUACAACAGUUCUGGAAAACUAAGAAAACUCAGGAGUGUCCUGUCUGCAGGAGAAGAUCCUCAAGAGAUGAUCCUCCAGUUAAUCUCACAUUAAAAAACUUGUGUGAGUCGUUCCUGGAGGAGAGAAAUGAGAAACGUUCAUCAGGAUCUGAGGAGAUCUGCAGUUUACACAGUGAGAAACUCAAACUCUUCUGUCUGGAGGACAAACAGCCUGUGUGUUUAAUGUGUAUUAAUUCACAAAAACACGACAAUCAUAAAUUCAGACUUAUCAGUGAAGUGGUUUCAUCAUAUAAGGAGGAGCUCAAUACAGCACUGAAGUCCUUACAACAGAAACUUCAACACAAUGAAAAAGAGAAAGGAGAGUUUGAGGAAACAGCUCAACACAUCAAUUCUCAAGCUGAGCACACAGAGCGUCAGAUUAAAGAAGAGUUUGAGAAGCUUCAUCAGUUUCUCAGAGACGAAGAAGAAGCUACAAUCACUGCACUGAGGGAGGAAGAGGAGCAGAAGAAGCAGAGGAUGAAGGAGAAGCUGGAGGAGAUGAACACACACAUCUCAGCUCUUUCAAACACACUCAGAGACAUGGAGGAGAUGAUGAAAGACAAUGACGUCUCGUUUCUAAAGAACUAUAAAGUCUCGAUGGAAAGAGUCCAGAUCUCACAGCCGGAUCCACGGAUGAGUUCUGGAGCUUUGAUUCAUGUGUCGCGUUAUCUGGGUAACCUGCCGUUCAGAGUCUGGAAGAAGAUGCUGGAAACUGUCCAACACACUCCGUUGACUCUGGAUCCAAACACAGCAGAUCCUCGUCUCACACUCUCUGCUGAUCUGACCAGUGUGUCGUUCAGUGAUGAAGAUAAAACACUUCCUGAUAAUCCAGAGAGGUUUGACUAUUAUCCAUGUGUCCUGGGAUCUGAGGGCUUUAACUCAGGAACACACUGCUGGGAUGUGGAGGUUGGAGACAAUACAGAGUGGACUCUUGGAAUAACCACAGCAUCAAACCAAAGGAAGGGAGAGGUUUUCUUUAAGUCUAAUGUCUGGUGUGUGUGGUACACAGACAGCAAAUACAUCUCACAAUCCCCAGAGCAACGCCUCACUUACUUUACUGUUAAACAGAAGCUUCAGCGUGUGAGAGUUCAGCUGGACUAUGACAGAGGAACAGUGUCAUUCUCUGAUCCUGUAACUAACACACAUUUACUCACAUUCAGGACAUCCUUCACAGAAACUGUCUUUCCAUUCUUAGGGAAUGUCUGCACAACUUCCCCUCUGAGGAUCUUACCAGUUAAACUGUUUAUUACAGCAGAAAAUCACAGUUAAAUCUGAUUCUGCUUCUAGAUUAAUACAGUUUAGCAAAUUAUGCUUCAUUAAUAACACUGUAAUAAAAGGGUCUCAUUGAUCAAUCACACUUAAAUGUAAAUUUUAGAGCCAAAUUAACCCUUGUGUUUCCUUAAGGACAUGUUUGUCUCUUUCAGUUUUUUUUAAAUAAUUUUUUUUCCUGUGUUAAUGCCAACUGCAUCAAUUUUGGCAUAAGUGUGUAUUUUUAUUUGAAUUUUCUUAUUUCCUUUCCACAUUGUACACAAAAUACUUACACAUAGGACCCAAAAAUGUCCCCAUUGAAACCCAUUAAAACUGACAAUUUAUUUUUAUCCCAGGACCGUUUAACUAUAAAAUGAUGCAGUCUUUGUUAAUAUA